GAGCGUGCCAGCAGUGGUGGAGCUGAGACUGUAAACAAGCGGGACGGCCCGCCCGCUGCCAAGACGUGACGCCUGCACCCCUGCACAUGACUCACCCCCAGCCCACACCCACACACCUCCGCCAUGGCCACCACUACCACCGCCAUCACCCCUGGCAGCUGCACCAGCAGCAGCACCGGCAGCCGCAGCCAUCCCCCGCCCGACAGUAUGGACUCCAGCAAGAGAUCUCUGUCAGACGCGGGGCGGCAGCGGCUGUCUAGCUUCCCGUCCCGGCAGCGGCGGAUGGGCCCCGCGCCCCUUGCCUCCUUCGAGGAUCUCAGUAUGGACAAGACUACGUCGGACUCCAGCCCUGAGGAACGGACUCAGCUUCCUGAAAUUGGUGAGGAGACAUCAGGUACAACGACUCCCGUGACGCCUACAGCUACGGCAGCUCUCAGUGUACCAGCGUCCCCUAGGAUUCGUGUUUCAGCAGCAUCGUCUUCCUCGCCUCACGAGACAGACUCCAAAGACUCUACACCAGAAAAAGAGUUGUUUUCAGGGUACGCUAAAUCUGACUUUUGUGAGAACAUGGCGGCAGACUUGCAUUCAAGCACUGAAGAGCUGGAUGCUUAUGAAGAGGAGCAGCAGCGACGCAGAAGAGAGCGCGCGUGCAAGUUGGCUGAGCUUGAGAGACGUGAGGAAGUACUACGUGUUGCUGAAUUCAACCGUAAAGGUUCUUCUUCCUCGGUGAUCAGUGACGGUCUUCUUCCCGUCACCAGCGGUCACUCGAGUAGACUGUCCUCUCUUGGCUCAAUCGGCUCUGCACGACGCUCUCCUUCUCCACAUCGAAUGCUUUUAGAGACUUCUUUCUGUGGUAGUCGACCAAUACAACAGCCCAGUAUAGAUUUGGAAGAUCCGCCACUUAGUACCGCUAGAAUAAUGGAUUUUACGAUUGAAUCGAUACAAAGAGUAAAAUCCCCCAUGGAGGCAAAGCCACCAGACAUAUUUCGUACGUCACCAGCAACAUUACCGAAACUUAAACAAGAGGAGGUAACAGCGAUAUUCAAAGCACCCAUCACGAAAGUGCCGCUUUUUGCUGUCAAAUCAGCACCGCCUUCCACCAGAGCGGUGGACUCUACUGUCAAAGACAAAUCCUCUUUGGCGGAUAGAGAGGCUAAUAGUGACAAGAGAAAACCUUCACACGCCAAGGAGGGAGAACAUAUCACCACUGCCAUUCCCAAACCUCCCAAAGAGCAACAAUCAACGCAUCCUCCUAAAUCUCCUUUACGCACUGAACAAACACAACAGCCGGAACAGCAACAACGACAGCCACUUUCUUCUCAAUCCUCUCCUCGAUCACCAAGGAUGCCCAAGAAAGUUCCUGUCCCCCAGGUUCCAGAUUUGAAGGAUCUUCCUCGAUCGUCGCCCUCACCCUCUAUGGCCUCUUCAGCAACCGCCACCGCCACCACCCCAGACUACCACAAUGCUCGCUCCUUCUCCACCACCCCUUCUGCCUCACCCAGGGCAUCCAGAAGACGAAGAACCAGAGACGAGGUGGAGAGUGGCUCCUCCUCACCGUCAGUGUCAAGAAAAAGUUCAUUUACAAACCUAUUUCGUAAAUCUGAUAGCAGCGUGUUGAGUCCCGUCACUCCAGACUCACCUGGCUCCAGUGGCCGUAGAAGUCCAUUUAGUCAGUUCAUCAGGUCUGCAAAGAAGGAGUUCCGGUCGAGAAGUCGGUCUCGCAGUCGAAGCAAAAGUCGGGAAAGAGAUCUCGAGGACGAUACACAUGAUAGGAGGAGUGUCCUCUCUAUCUUCAGACCGAAGACUAAAAAGAAAUCUGAUGCCGAGAAAGGUAAACCGAGUGCUGAGACUCGCACACUCUCCACUGACAGUAAGAUCAGCGAGGCCAUCACUAACGUUGAAUUUACAUUUAACGGCGAUGGAAAGUAUCAGUCCUCGUCUUUUGGAUUAAUUAGACAAGAGAGUGAAUUAAACAGAGCUAUAAAAGAGCCAUUACGAGCAACCCCGCCGUCAAUCGAGACAGACGCUCCCCAGCCUGACAUCGCCAUCAGCUCCAGGGACAGCUCCUAUAAUGAACUCUCCUCCAUCAUGAACACCUCAGAUAGUAAACCGGUUGGUGAAAAAACUAUAGUAGAAGAGUCUAAAGAAAACGGGUUUAAUGAAAAGAAAGAGAUAAUGGAAGAUGACGUCUUUGAUAAACCAUCCCUGGCUCCUCCUUCUCCACCUUCUGGCAGUGUUUCAUCUGAAGUUAGUAAAGAAAAAGAGGAAGUUUCUGAGGCUGAUAAACCCAACUUACCUCCAAAGCAUAAAGAUCGCACAAGUGAAACUGAGUUGACCGUCGAAGCAGCGGCGCGAGAACUUAGUAUAGAUGGGGAUUCACGUUCAGAGUCAGAACGCGAAUCUGAAAUUGAUUAUCUCAAGAAUAAAGCAAGACAACAACAGGGAGCUGAACCUGACGUCGAAUCUCCUGAUGUAGAGAAUAAGGGACUUGUCUCUCAAGAUUCUCUCGAGGAUGGAGAACUUCCCUACGUGCCCACCACACUGCCCAUGGAGCGGCCAUUAGCAGCACCCAUGAUCCCUGUGAAGGAGCGAGUGACAAAAAUGCACCAUACUCAGUCCAUUGACAGACCGCGUAGCACUACGCCCCUUAUACAGGGACGCCUGGAGGAAUUCAAACAAGUAGCCAGCACACCGGAUGGAGAAAGUGACAAAAUGAUGAUCAAUAUACCACAAACUGGACCAGUCAAGGUGCUGCCAACCCGGAGUCCAAAAAAGCAGAGUUCGAAGAGCUGGGAAGACUUCUGCCAAGAAGGGCUACGUAGCCCAAGGACACUGCGGAGACAAUACAGGGAAAGGAGUGUGCAAAGUUCUGAGGACACGCCGCCUCCUCUGCCACCGAAAGCUCGUUCUCCUGGUCGAUCUCCAGGUCGAUCUCCAGUAACGACACCAGAGCCCUUCAAUAUACCAGAAGCAGCACAAGUGACGCCUCCACCAGAACCAAUAAAAAGCUGGAUUAACUUUGAUGAAAUGCCUGAUAUAGUGCUAAAGCCAGUGCGUCAGAUCAAGACAGUUCCUCCCAGACAUCAACCACAACAGAGGCAGAAAGACACACAAGAUCAAAGAGAAAUGUUGACAUUCAAGCCCCAGUUUGAAGAACUACGAAUACAGCAAGAGAGAACAAGUAAAGAAGAAGAACCUCCAACUCGAAAGUUACCUCCACCUCUUCCUGGGCCUCUAAACCUCCAUGAUCAAGAUUCCGACAAUGGACAACCUCUCUCAGAAGCUUCUACUCCCGACAAAGGCGACAGCUCCCAUUCGUCCGACAGUGACAAGCCAACCAGCCCGUCGUCAAGUGAAGACCUCACGACUGUUAGAGAAAGAAUUGAAGAGAUAAAGAAAGAAGGGGACGACUACGAGAACUCCGACCUGGAGCGACUAUUGGCGCCUGUGAACGACUGCAUCAACCGGUUAUCAUCGCUGUCAUCUGAGCCAGGAAUGUUGGAACGAAGAUCACCCAUCCCGGACAACUGGUCAGACUUCCUUCUGCCCCCACAACCAGGACGCAGGAGUCGCCUGUCGUCUCUGGGAUCAGACGCGGGGUCGAUUGGCGGACGAUCACCAUCACCGUCCUGUAUGCUGCUGGAGACCUCCUUCUGCGGGUCACACCCCAUCGACGAUCCAGCCGCCGCCGAGCCUGACGUGCCUAUCGCUGUUGCCAGAAAAUUAAGUGGCAUCUCCCUGGGCGACUUGAGUCCCUUCUCAACGCGAGACCGUCGGGACUCUUCCAGCCUUCUUUCUUGCCCAGACAGAACCUCCAUACUGAGUGAUUCGUCUGCUGAGGGCGGUGGAUCACCCCGGGACUUGGACUACUACGGCAGCAGCAGACACCAGCAGCAGCAACAUCCCCAGCUGGAGGCGGCGGCAGCGAGGGGCCAGCAGGCAUCUCGCCAGCUUAACCCCUUCGGCAUGGACCUGGGAGUGAGGAGUAACCGUAGCUCUGUCGUCUCGCAGGACCAGAAGAUGGUUACAGGGGCUCCCUAAAAGAGUCCUCCGGACAGUCCGAGCUCUACGGUGUUCCACCCUUCCUAAAGCAGAUGUCUUCAAGUAGAUUUUAGAAAUAGUUUCGGUUUUUCAUAAUUCUGUAUCUAUGCAUUUAUAAGAAGUGUAUUUUGCAUUUUCAUAUUCUAGUGAGAAAACAAAAACUAGUUGUUGUUUCAGAAAGCAUCAUUCUCUCCUUGUAAAUUAUUGUACAUUAGCCCUCAUCUUCCACAUGUGAUAGCGUUUAUUGUUAAAACUGUCUUCAUUGUCUAUGAUUCAUUGUUAUUACAGUCAGAACACUCCAUUUUUGCCUUUUUACAACUCAUAUUACCUGCUCGUUUUGAAUCUACUUUGAAAACACAAAAAGAUAAACAGUGAAGAACUUACGAAAACUUCAAGAGCUACCAAGAGCUGUUCCCUCAACCUGUGGUUAGUUAUUUACUGAGUGUCAUACGUCAAGACUCGAGUGUCAAGUAUCAAGACUCGAGUGUCAAGUGUCAAGACUCGAAUGUCAAGUGUCAAGUGUUUUGCGGUACAAAGGAGAGACACUUCACAUAACCUCCUUACACACACUU